AUGAGUUUUAAGUUAGAAGGACACGAGCAUCUUGUAUCCUUGAUUAAUUAUCGUGUUAAAUUCGAAUGCAAUGUUUGCGAUCGAUCAUAUGGUGGUGGCUACUCAUGCGGUGAAUGCAGUUUUGCUAUUCACAUGGAUUGUGCAUUUGUGUUCAAGAUAAAUGACAUAUUCGACCACCCUUCUCAUGAAGGACAUUGUCUUAAGCUUCUCACAACUGGAGCUCCUGAACUCACCGAUCCAAUAUGUCAUCUCUGCGGUAAAAACACCAAGCGCCUUCUUUAUCAUUGUUCUGAUUGUAAAGUCAAUUUAGAUAUGGAUUGCAUAAUUGAUUCCAUGUGUGCCCGAGCCCCGCUGAAUGUGUCGUGGCACCACCAUCCUCUCAUCAUGUUUGAUUUUGGCAAUCUUAUGUCUUGUAACUUUUGUAGUGAGAACUGCAAACUUGGGUAUCUCUGCCCUCGUUGCAGGUUGGUGAUUCAUGAGGGAUGUAUCUCCGUAUUUGACUCACUAGAGAUUAUUCACCCUUUACAUGUCAGGCACCCUCUUAAGCUUAUCACCGAUGGUGCACCAGAUUAUACGGACCGUACAUGUCAUCUAUCUGGAGACAACGCUGGGAACUUACUUUAUCAUUGUGAUAUUUGUAAGUUCAACCUGAAUAUGCGUCGUGCGGUGUUGAAACCCACGCCAGUUGCUCUUUCAAAUAUGAAGGUCCAUGAGCAUACACUCACACUCAUGCCAAGAUUGAUCUCCUUCGUUUGUGAUGCUUGUGGGACGAAAGGAGACCGUUCUCCUUAUGUGUGUCUUCAAUGCGAUUUCAUGGUUCACCAAAAGUGUGCUCAUCUACCACGUGUUAUUCACGUCAAUCACCAUGACCACCGUGUUUCAUACAAGUAUCCUCUUGGUCUCCGAGGAUUGAAAUGUGGAGUUUGUUGGGAAGAGAUUGAUUGGUCAUAUGGGACUUAUUCUUGUUCCAUUUGUUCUCUCUAUGCUCUUCAUUCACUAUGUGCAACAAGGGGUGACGUGUGGGAUGGGGAAGAGCUUGAUGGAGUACAUGAAGAAGUUGAAGAUAUCGAGCCAUUCAAGAGGAAUGAUGACAACACAAUCACACAUUUCAGUCAUGAACAUAACCUCAUGAGCCUCAGCAAAGACGGUGAAGAAAGCAGCUUAUGUGGAGCAUGUGUUGGUCCCAUCGGUUCAUACACAUUCUACAAGUGUUCAAAUUCAGAUUGCAGUUUCAUUCUCCAUGAGACCUGUGCUGAUCUUUAUAAAAAGAAACGUCAUUUUCUGAGCCCAAAACCUCUGGCUCUUAACCUCUACAACAAACGCAGCACAGCAAGUUGCAAAGCUUGUCGUCAAGCUUUUUGCCAGGGAUUCAUUUACUCUGUAUAUCCACGGGACUUUGACUUACUAUGCAGUUCGAUUACUGUGCCUUUUCUCCAUGGAAGUCAUGAUCAUCAUUUACUCUACCUUAAACUACAAUUCAGUUAUGACCCAAAGACGUGCCAGUGUUGCGGCAUUGAUGAAGAUAGAGUCGUCGUAGGUACGAUGAUCAUCCACUCACUCUAUGUUAUGGUGACAAAAAGACGAGAGGCAAGUAUUGGUGUGAUAUUUGCGAAAGAGAAACAAAUCCAAAGACUUGGUUUUACACUUGUAAAGAUUGCGGGGUUACUUUACAUGUUUUUUGUGUAGUUGGGGAUAUCAGGUAUGCCAAACUAGGAAGAAAAGUCGACUACUCAUUUGAGUUGCUUCCUAACAAUACAUCUUCACGACCACUUUGCCAUGUCUG